CUCGGCCGUCAGCAGCAUUGGCCACUGGCACAAUAUAAUUCUGAUUGAUCCACAAACCGAGGAGAGGGAUUUACGUUAUUCAACCUUUCAUUUCAGCCGUCCUUUAUUUUAUUGAACUAAAACAAUGGCAGACACACAAGUUGACUCCGGCUCGGAUAUCUCUGCCAAGGACCUGAAAGAGAAGAAGCUGGUGGAGGAGAAGGAGAACGGCAAAGAUGCUGCCACCAAUGGAAAGGAGAACGAGGAGAAUGGAGAGCCCGACGUAGACGACGAAGAUGAUGAGGAAGUGGACGAGGAAGACGAGGAGGACGAUGGAGAGGGCGACGAGGAAGACGAGGAGGAAGACGACGACGAGCUCGAGGGCGGCACAAAACGGGCAGCUGAGGACGACGACGACGACGACGAGGACGACGUCGAAACCAAGAAGCAGAAAACCGACGACGAUGAUUGAUGCGUUUUCCACCCACACCAUCCUGCUGAAACACUUCCUGGUUCUUCACCUGUAACUUUUUAUAUGUCGCAGGUGGAGGGGCUGGAGGAACAGAUUUAAAGGAAAAAAAAAUAAUAAUUAAAAAAAAAACAAAAAAUCCAACAUGGUCAUUAGCAAGUAGAGUUCAACAAACAUCCACCACAUCCACAAAAACACACACAAACACACACACACUCUCUAUCUCUCCCCUCAAAGCUGCAAAACAAAUUUUCUAGAGGAACCCGCAACCACACUGACCGCAGAAAUCUGGCUUCUCUUCAACAACAGCAACACGAAAGGAGAAUUUGUUUGUAUUUUUAUUUACAUUUUAUAUUUUUGUACAUAUUGUUAGGAGGAGGGGGGUCACUUUCUCUCUCAGCAGCGAUCUCGUCAGACCAAAUCGGUGCUUCUUUAACAAAAAGAUUUUACUUGGUUGACCAUGUUACAAUAUCUCAACAGAUACUACAAAACAUGUAAAAAAGUAAAAAAAAAAAAAAAAAAAAACAUGAAAGACAACCUCUUAAGCCGUUGAACUCAGAGCAUUCCAGUAAAUUUAAUGUAUGUACUUUAGCUGUACCAUAACUAGUUUGUUUGUAUGGGAGGGUAAGGCCAAAGAAAAGAGCCUCUUUUCUUUUUCCUUUUAUUUUGUUUUUGUCAGCGACUUUUUGUUUUAUGACGGCCUGUUUUGAUGUAUGUGCGAAGUUUGUUGUUUGACAAUAAACCGGACUUUUAUUUUGUGAGUUGUA